AAUAUCAUUUCACAUCAUGGCCCAAUCAUGGUACUCCAUCUUCCUCUGGUCCACUGUUGGAGUUUAUGGACAUUGUUCAACAGAAUUAUACACCUUUUGAUGGACCAAUGGUUGUUCAUUGCAGUUCUGGCACUGGUCGUACUGGUACAUUCAUUGCUAUUAUGGUUGAGAUGGCUCGCAUCAAGUCAGAGAAAUUGGUUGAUAUCUUCAAUAAUGUGCAGUACAUGAGGAAGUGCCGUCCUAUGAUGGUUAUGAAUGAAAUUGAGUAUAUUUUCAUUCAUGAUGCUCUUGUUGAGGCUUUGAAACUUGGAAAGAUUGAGGGAGUUGCUUUUGCUAGGCCCCAGUCUCUCGAAGAGACAAGCAGUGAAGGAAACUCUGAAGGAUUUUCUGAUAAAAAGAGUCUUGUUGAUGAAGAGACAGAGCUGUAGGAAGAAUUGAUGAUGAAGUGUACUGACUGCACUAUUAUACGCCCUCAUAAUUAUAUAUUUUAUUGCUGAUUUUUGUCUUGUUUUAUUAGUUAGACUAUAUAUCUGUAGGACUG